AUGUCUUCUGAUGAGGCGUCCCAAAAUGCCUUGCCGAAAGAGCUCAUGGAGCUCCAAUUGGGUCAAAUUGACCUCCUCAUGGCGAUGUAUGCGUCGGAUGAGGCGAUUGCUAUGGACUCUACGGCCUCUGGCUUGAUUGAGACAUUAAGGGCAUGGUGUGAAUGUGACAGGGAAGCCGCACCAAAGUUCCCAGAGACAGUCAUAAAUCUCCAGCUCAGGGUCGAUGUUGAAGAUGACGAUUCUACAACAAGAACUCUACAGCUCACACUGACUGUGCCUUUGAAGUGUCAAAUACAAGAAGAACUAACAGAGCCACCGCCGAUAAAGACCAGGAUACAGCAACCGGAUUGGAUGAGCAAAGGAGAUGUUGCCAAGUUGAACACUGAGAUUCCUGAAGAAGAUAUUCUCUCAGUCAUUGAGCAUAUAAAAGACGCCGCAUCUCAACACCUCUUGAGUUUGAAGCAAGCAGAAAUUGCAAAUGGCCCAAAAGCAGACACAUCCUUAGUCCGAGUCUGGUUCUACUUCCCCUCCAUCAGCACAAGGGCAAAGCGAGAUGACUUUAUCAAUUAUGCACCGACCUAUGGACUUACUGGCUUUCUCCUCGCUGGGAAGCCGGGUAUCUUGUGUCUAGAAGGGGGAUCGGUCGCUAUUGACGACUUCAUGAAGUUCAUCAAGACAGAAAGCUGGGGCGAUAUUCCUGCGCAUCACAAAAAGGUCAGCGAGAGAUACCGAGAAGAAGCGACUGAUCUGAAGCGUGCAUUUUCGGAUAUGCAGGAGAUUACGGAUAUGAUUGAGAAGAGAGGUGCGAGGGGAAACCGUGGUGAUAUGAAGGCACUAGAAGCGUGGCUGGUUGAGUGCGGGCUUGGUGAAGCAUUCGGCAAGAUUUUAAUGUGA